AUGACUUCCAUCCCCGCAGUCAACUGGAGCGGCGCCGAGUUGGGCGGCUGGAACGGGAGCCUGUCCGCGCCAGCGGGGAGUAACUGGUCGUCGCCGAGGGCCAACUUUUCUAACCAGUUCGUGCAGCCGGCCUGGUGCCUGGCGCUCUGGUCCUUGGCUUACGGCGUGGUGGUGGCCGUGGCCGUCUUCGGCAACCUGGUGGUGAUCUGGAUCAUUCUGGCCCACAAGCGCAUGCGGACCGUGACCAACUCCUUUCUGGUCAACCUGGCCUUCUCCGACGCCUCGGUGGCUGCCUUCAACACCCUGGUCAACUUUAUCUACGCGCUCCACGGCGACUGGUACUUCGGGGAGGCUUACUGCCGCUUCCAGAACUUCUUCCCCAUCACCGCCGUCUUCGCCAGCAUCUACUCCAUGACGGUCAUCGCGGUGGACAGAUACAUGGCCAUUAUUGAUCCUUUGAAGCCCAGGCUGUCUGCCACUGCUACAAAAAUAGUGAUUGCAAGUAUAUGGAUUCUAGCAUUCCUCCUUGCAUUUCCUCAGUGUCUCUUUGCUAAGACUCAAGUGGUGCCAGGACGGAUUCUGUGCUAUGUUUUCUGGCCAGGUGGAGUUAGUCUGUUACUGUAUCAUAUCAUUGUAAUUGCAUUGGUCUAUUGUUUCCCCCUGCUUGUCAUGGGCAUCACUUAUACGAUUGUUGGAAUUACGCUGUGGGGUGGAGAAAUCCCAGGUGAUACUUCUGACAAAUACCAUGAGCAGCUGAAAGCUAAGAGAAAGGUUGUAAAAAUGAUGAUUGUGGUUGUAUUGACAUUUGCCAUCUGCUGGUUGCCAUAUCACAUUUAUUUCAUUCUUACUGGAAUCUAUGAAAAUUGGAAUCGAUGGAAAUACAUUCAGCAGAUCUAUCUAGCAACGUUUUGGCUCGCUAUGAGUUCUACUAUGUAUAAUCCCAUUAUCUACUGCUGUCUCAAUAAAAGGUUCCGAGCUGGUUUCAAGAGAGCUUUUCAAUGGUGUCCUUUCAUUGAAGUAUCUAGUUACGAUGAACUGGAGCUUAAGACAACUAGAUUCCAUCCUACCAGGCAAAGCAGCCUAUACACAGUUACCAGAAUGGAAUCCAGCAUGUCAGUAGUGUUUGAAUCCGGUGAUGGUGAAAACAGCAAGUCUAUGCGCAAGAAAGGAGCACAAGAAGCCAACGCAAAUGGGUGUUCAUGCAGGAGUUCCAAAGCUAGUUCAGCAGUGUCAAGUUACAUCAAUUCUCCAUAUACAUCAGCGGACGAAUACUCCUAA